CUGAACGCCCUGGGGCAGAUCGGGCGGGACGAGUUCGGGAUGCAGCGGGUGGCUUUCUCCCGGCAGGACGUUGCCGGCCGCGACUACGUCAGCGCGCUGAUGCGCGGCGCCGGCAUGUCCGUGCGCAUCGACCCAGCUGGCAACAUCAUCGGCCGGUUGGAAGGGACCGAGCCGGCCAUGCCCGCCAUCGUGCUCGGCUCGCAUACCGACACGGUACCCCAGCGGAGGCGCGUAUGA